AUGGAAAGUUCCACGGUCAAGCUCGCGGAGCUGCUUCGCCAUCCCGACGACUUGGACAAAAUCCCCGCCCUGAAACUCGAAUACUCCCGCAAGAAAGCCGCUGUUGAUUCGCAACUGCGAAGUGGACUGAAAGAGCAAUUGGAGGUUACGCAGUCUGGAAUGAAUGGGAUUACAGAUGGUCAACGAACGGUUCAGUUAAUCAAGGAGGAGAUGAUGAAGAUCGACAAGCUAUGCGCCGAGUCUCAGAACAUGAUUCGCGAUUUCCCUAACAUCAAUCUGGUCUCGCAGACGCAUAGGAAUUUCAAUGCGGUGGAAACGAUGCGGAAGAAUCUGGAUAGUUUUAAUGAUCGUGUUAGUCAGGUGGAGAUGAUGCUCCAGGAGGAUGAUAGGGAUCAGGAGAAUAUGCCGAAUUUACUGGUUAUACAUUAUGAGUUGACGCAGCUGAGGAAUAUUAGGGAUGAUGCUAUGGAGCAGAUUCAGAGGGCUGAUGAUUCUAGUCUGCAAAGUACGCUUGAAGACUACUUUGCUAGGCUCGAUGAGACGGUGGAUUGGUUUGACGAGCAUAUUGGGACGGUCGCGUUGAAUUUGAUCAAUGUUCUUGUGGAGGGGAAUAAUGGGCUGGUGGUCAGAUUGGCAGUUAUCAUUGAGGCAGAGGAGAAAAGUGAUAAGAGAGUUAAGGCCCUACAGGAGGCGCUGAAGGACCACAAGGAAAUGGCCGCUAGGUUUCAGAGCAUCACAGAUGGUGCGAAGAAUGUGAGGGGGUAUAAGGAGAAGUUCUUGCAGGCCAUACAAGUCCAUGCCGAUGAGCAGAUUAUGGAGACUAAGCAGGCAUUUCUGGAGGAUCCGUCAAAGUUGGACAAGAAUCUGAAGUGGUAUUUCAAUGACUUGAAUGCUGUCAAGGUGGGAAUGGUUCCGCUUAUGCCAAAGAAAUGGAGGAUAUUCCAGACUUACGGCAAGAUAUAUCACAAGAUCAUGCAUGAUUUUCUGGUUGGCAUGAUAGACGAUCCAGAAACUAGUUCAGCCAAUAUGCUUUCCAUCCUAAACUGGCCUGAGAAGUACUAUACGAAGAUGGCUAAGCUCGGAUUUGGGAAAGACGAUUUGGAACCCCAUGUGAUAGAUGGGAGAGAGGUGGAACUGGUUAGGGAAUUCCGCCAGCUUAUUAUUCGCUACUUGGAUCAGUGGCUCGAUCGGAUCUUCCAGACGGAGAAGAAAGAUUUUGCAGAGAGAAACGUGGAUGGAGCAAACUUGGAUGCAGACGAAUACGGAUACUUCCGUACGAAGAAUUUAGUUGACAUGUGGCGGAUGUUACGAGAGCAGAUUGAUGCUGCAGCGAAUUCUCAGAGACAAGAUGUCGCAGAGGGAGUCAUCGAUGCCAUGAUAUUACGGUUAAAGAGUCGUCAGCAAGGCUGGCAGAAAAUGCUUGACGACGAAGCCGCUAGGUACAUUGGUAGUACCCCGGAGCUCGAAGGGUUCCAAGCUCUUCAAGAUUGGCUUGUUGCUACAGCCAACGAUCAAAUUGCGUGUAUUGAUGACAACGAAGAGGAAGGUCGAUUUGCGUACUUGUCGAGUUUCCAGCAGAAAUUCGAAGACGUUGUCUCACCCCAAUAUCUGGAAAGGGUUGACGAAGACAUGUCUAAUCUUCGUGAUGGAUAUGUCGAUUUGAGUACUCACUGUAUCGCUAAAUUUGCACAACUCAUCUUCGCCGUCGAUUUUAGAGCAGUCUUACCCGAUUUCUUCACACCUAAAUGGUAUUCAACCACAGCAAUGAGACAAAUGGUCGUCACAUUCGAAGAAUACGUCGGAGAUUACAAGAGCGUUCUGCAUCACUCGUUACUCGACAUCUUCAUCGAGGAAUUAGCAGACGAGCUCCUCAUCCGCUACCUCUCAAGCGUCAAAAACAAAGGUGCAAAAUUCAAGCGACAAGAUCCCUACAAAGACAAGAUCUUCAACGACGUCUCCACGGCCUUCGAGUUCUUCGAUAACAACGGCUACCUCUCCCCCGACGUCGCCGACACCAUCAAGCAGAAAUGGCGCGUCACCGAGCCCUUCCUUGGUCUCAUCGAAGCCGACAAGUCUGCUAUUCCUGAAGUGUUUGCGGGGUUUAAAAUGGAUUAUUGGGAUUUGCAGUUGAGUUGGGUGGAGUCGGUGCUAAGGUCGAGAGAUGAUUUUGAUAGGAGUAUGUUGAAUGCUGUUAAAGCUAGGGCGGCGCAGAUUGAUGUUGAGAGGGGGUUGGAGACUAUUAUGAGUAAGGUUAAAUGA